GUUGUCACCAGUAUACAAACAGGAGCUGUGAGGAGUGUCUGAAAAAUGUCACUUGCCUGUGGUGUGCCAGCAGCGGGAGAUGCGUGGAGUACCCCAUCCGAAGAGUCCUCCCACCGGCUGACCUCUGUGAGCUCCGCUCUGCGCGCUGGGGAGUCUGCUGGGUGAACUUUGAAGCCCUGAUCAUUGCGAUGUCUGUGGUGGGAGGAAUGAUCCUGAUCAUGUUGGGGGUCUGCUGCUGCUGCUGUUGUAAGAAAAAGAGCAAAAAGCCAGACAAGGAUGAUGAGAGAGCGGCCCGGGAGCGAGAGAAGAGACGGGUGCGGCAGGAGGAGAGGAGAGCAGAGAUGAAAUCACGGCAUGAUGAAAUCCGAAGAAAAUAUGGCCUGUUCAAGGAAGAGAACCCUUAUGCAAAAUUUGAGAAUUAG